AUGACGGAGAAAGAUGCCGCCCAGCAGCGUGCCGUUCUCACGAGGAAGUUGAGCCCCCUUUCGAUGCCCGGCGAUAGGGGAAGCAGCAGGGGUAGUUACGAGACGGGCGAAUCGAGCGCGACCGGGAGUCUCCUCAACGACACGACGCUUUUGCCUUCCCCCGACGAGUCGAGCGCCCGCCGCCCAACAUCCAACUCAUCAGGUCCCAGAGAUGCAGAGUAUACGAGCGGUUAUAUCGGGAGGGAUACGAGGAAGCAGAGAACCCCGAGGCAUCGUUCCAACGGUGGCUUCUUGCUGCAGGAUGCUAUCCCCAUCGAUGACGACUCUGAGGGGGCUCAGCAGGUCCGCCGGCGACAUUCACGCAACCCACCACCUAGCCGCAGGACGAAAGAGUCCGGGAGGACGUCAGAUAGAUCAGCAUCCAGCGCUGGUCGCGAUGCCGACCUGAGGCUCACCGAGCUUGACAGCCCGCCAAGACGGCACGACGACUCCUCGCCCACGCAGCCCACACAUAAUCUGACCGUUAGGAAGCGGGACGCGGUGAAUGGCAGGCCUGUGACGGGGGCGACAUCUGUGCCGCCCGCUUCAAGCAGCCAGCCGCUUGAUAUCGAUUCGGCGCAGAUUGUCCACAUGGCUCUGAAUCUGAGCGAGUCGCGGAGACAGGCGUCGCGAAGGAUGGCACCGCAAGCUGUGCCGACCCUCGCGCAGCUUCCCGAUGCCACUACGGGCCCAAACCUUAAAAGUCAUUAUCAACAACAGAGAAGAAUAUCACGAGCCAGGUCCCCGGGGCCUGAAAAGGCGCUCACACCGCGAUUGCCGUCCUCCAGCAUACUUAGUAGCCCGCUGCAGGCAUCAUUUGAUAUGAGUCGCGAGGGCACCUUUCGCAACCAUUUUACUACUUCAACUCUUGCUAGGGCGCAGAAGGCGAAGGAGCACCUCGAGCUCAUGGCGCAAUACAGACGCCUACUAGAGCUGGUGCCACCUAUCCAACCACACCACUCGAGCCGGCCGACGACGGCUAGCCCCCCGCCGUCUUCAGGGGGAAUCACCAAAACUGCGACAUAUGGCAGUUCUGACGGUAGUGUGCGGCUCGGGCGACAGUACAACCCGCUGCAGUACAUCCGAAACAGAAAGGUUCGUGCGCGAGAACGCAUGGCUAUUGAUGGAGAGGCACAGGGCUUUGGGGAUAUCAUGAAAGUAACCGACUGGGUCGACGAAGUGGCUAAAUGGGCUGCCACUGGUCAAACGAGCGCAGAUGGCUGCACGUUACCGCCUUUUGCCGAUGCGGACUCUUCCGAGCGGCAGCGCGCCCUCCAGCUGGCAGCGAAUGCCAACAAACCAAGAAGGCCACGGCUAGACUGGUUCGUCGAUCCUGCGGACUUGCUCGCCGAUGCCUACUGGCUGGAACAAGAUCACCACAAACAUUUGAUUGAGGACCGGCACUGGCGCAAAAUAUUCCCCCCUACCUCCGAUAUCUACAGACCGCUAUCGAGGCAGAACGCGGAACACGGCAGUGAAUCCGGCCAGACGCCGGGGCGCAAAGAGAACGAGGAAACGGAACCGGCCGUCGACCCAAAAACCGGCAACCCAAGGCUGGCCAAGUCGGACACGGAUCACUCCCACUCCAGCAGCACUCGUGAUCGUGCACGCCAGAAGCUUCACGAUCUUACAGGUCACCACCAUCGCCACAGCGCCUCGGUCCAUAGUCAUCAUGACUAUCUUCGUCUGGGCAAGUCAUCCUUCUCGGAUUUGUCAGACAGCGAGAAUGAGAAGAAGCCAAAGAUGGAGAGGAGAAACCGCACGGGCACGUUGACGAGCAGUCACCAAGAUAUUUUGGAGAAGCAGAUGCUUGAGAUGAUUGCCAAAGAAGCAAGAGACAAGGGCAUCAGUAAGCCGAACACCUCGGGAUGGAUGACCCCUGAGAGAGACAUAGGAACAUUGUCGCACCCUCAAUCCCGUCAACACAGUCGUAAGCCGUCUAUCGCCGAGGUCAGCGAGUCUGACGAGAGGAAAAGUAAGGAGAAGCUUAGGAAGACGCCUACCUAUGUUCAGCGCCCUGGACGACCUAGCCUGGAGAUUCCCGUGCCUGGAAAGAGGAGCUCCUUUGACGUCGACUCAUCCCUCCCCAACUCCCCCGACGCCACCAGUCGCGGAGAUCCAUUCAUACCUGCACUCGGCGGAGAUCUGUCGCCAGGGUCUAGUCGUGCCAACUCACCAACACGGAACCCGUUUUCGAAAGUCAAGCAUAUCUUCCGUGAGCGAAGCAAGGAAAGAGGGAGAGAACGUAUUUCAGAGGAGCGUUCUAGUGCCGAAGAUUUCACCAGCAACCCGAAGACACCACUGGACGGGUCGCCAGAGUCUUCCGGGGAACGGAGAAGAUCGUCCGACAGGCGAGGAUUGUCCAAGAGUCCGUCCCGGAAAUUCUCGCAGCGCCACACUGGAGAGAGCCACAAAUCACACCGCAGUGUCAACAGCAUCAAACUUCGCAGCGAUGACCCAAGUGUCCGCGGAAUCUUCAAGGGGGCACGGAUCGACAAUGUCAUCCGUGGUGGGGUAUCGAAACUGGGUGAUCUCAUCUGGCGUAAGGACUCAGAUAACGGCGACGGACCGUCAGAGGCGGAGGGUACGACGACGGACGAAUCAGACACGGAGCAGAGGGGCAGGAGAAGAGGCGAGACACCACUCUCGAGGACCGCAUCUAUUCGCCAGCAGAACACCAAGAAUUACUUGGAUAUCAUGCCGACUUUCCAACCUACUUCUCAUGAGAGGUUAAAGACCGUAGAGAGUGAUCCGGCCAGCCCGCCGAAUGUCUCGUUACGGCCACCAAGCCGUAAGUCGCCUCGGUUUGAUAGGCUCAAGCCGCCACGCAUCGACAUUCUAAGCGCGUCACCAACCUCGUCGCCUGGAUCCACCAGACACCUAUCAGACCUCUCCGAAGGCGAACCGGGAUCUGCCGCUCACGAAGGGGUGAAGGAGGCGGAUAAACGCCUCAACAGUAUCAUUGGUAUCCCACAUGGGUUUUCUCCCGAUAACCGUCCGUUAGCGUCACCCCAGCGCAACCGACACUGGUCGAUUUCCGACCACAGCCCAGCGCCUGAUCAAGCGCCGAUGUCGAAGCGAGAAGUCGCUCGACUGCGUGCUCUGAUUCUCAGCUCAGGCAUCAAGGCCAUGGAGAUUGCACGUCGCGCCGAUGAGCCGCACUUUGUAUUCGCAAGCAAACCACGCCCGUCGCGAACGGAUAAGCAAGUUGCAAAUGUCUUUUGGCCCGAAGUUGCCAAGCUCAGCCCCGACCCGGCCAGCCUCCACAAUACCGCCGUACCACAGACGGAGCUGUAUCAGUUCGCCGCCAAGACGCUCGGGACCUCCAUACAGUGCUCCGGCCAGGAGUGGCAGAAGACGGCGGACCUCUUCGUCUCGGAAACGAUCCCCUCGCUGCACCGCAGAGUGGAGGACGUUCGCCGGCGCGUGGCGACAGACCUCUCGGCCAUGACGCGGGCGGCAGCCGAUGAGGCAGACGAGACGAGCCGCGACCUGACGUUGGGUCAGAGGCUGAAGAUCAAGCACACGCUUGACGUUAUCGAGACGAUGAUGCGGCGGCGCAGGCGUAGGUUCCGCUGGGUUCGCCGCGCCAUGUGGCUCGCGGUCGAAUGGGUGCUUGUCGGCUUCAUGUGGUACGUGUGGUUUGUCGUCAUGAUCCUGCGCGUGUUCUGGGGUGUCGGACAGGGCGCCGUCAGGGCUGUGAGGUGGUUGCUGUGGUUGUGA